UGGAUGGUUAUUUAAAAUAUUAUAGCUAAUAUUUCUUGGAUUCCCCACCCCGUGUUAAAUCUUGUGUUAGUAGUUUAAUGCUUAUUACAGUUCUGUGGAUAUGUUGUGGUUAUCUUUGUUUUAUGGAUGAAGAAAUUAAGACUAAGAGAAGUUAAAGAAUAUGUCUGAGGUCACAUAGCAGAGUUGGGAUUCAAACUCCUAAACCUAUUCUCCUCCUGUUUUUUAUCUUACAGUAGGUUAUGGAAGAUCCACAAAUAGCCCCACUGAUUACUUCUUUAUGAUUUCAGUCAUUACAUAUAAUUCUCCCCCUAAUUUUCAGAAAAUACCUUCUCAAAAUUUUGGGAUUACCUAGAAGUUAUUCCAAGUCUAUCUUUUAAGCAUACAGCUGGAUUUGGUUUAUUCAAUUUGAGAGUAUCUUAACGGCUUCCAGGGCUAUUUCUGAGCAGUAGAUGUUACAAGUACUCCCCUGAGCAACCAGUUCCAAGUUCUGUCAUCAAAUCAUAUGUUCCUGUUCCAAAUGGUAACAGAUACAUAAUUUUUAUUUAAAAGAAUGAGUGUAACUAGUAUUGCAUUAAGAGUUGAAACCUGGCUUUUAGCUACGUGGCAUGUAAAAGUACCUCUCUUGUGGCUGGAAGCAUGUAUUAACUGGAUCCAAGAAGAAAAUGAUAAUGUUAAUUUGAGUCAGGCACGAAUAAAUAAACAAGUUUUUGAGCAAUGGCUCCUUACUGAUCUGAAAGAUUUGGAGCAUCCUCUUUUACCUGAUGGCCUUUUAGAAGUUCCAAAAGGAGAACUGAAUGGAUUUUUUGCUCUGCAGAUUAAUUCAUUGGUUGAUGUAAGUCAACCUGCAUAUUCCCAGAUACAAAAGUUGAGAGGAAAGAAUACUAUGAAUGAACUAAUUACAGCUGAAACACAAGUAACCCAAAAGCCUUGGGAAGCAAAGCCUUCACGGAUGUUGAUGCUACAGCUGACUGACGGAAUUGUACAAGUGCAGGGAAUGGAAUAUCAGCCUAUUCCAGCUCUUCAUAGUAAUCUUCCUCCAGGUACAAAAAUUUUGAUUUACGGAAUAAUUUCUUUCCGCCUUGGUGUUCUCUUACUGAAACCAGAAAAUGUGAAGGUAUUGGGAGGAGAAGUAGAUGCUCUUUUAGAGGAAUAUGCCCAAGAAAAAGUACUUGGAAGAUUAAUUGGGGAACCUGAUCAUACAGUUUCAGUCAUACCAAAUAAUUCUAAUCAAAGCAUUCCCAGAAAUACAGAUGAUCAAGAUCUUGUGUUAGGACCUUCUGACGAAGAACUCUUGGCAAGUCUUGAUGAAAAUGAUGAGCUUGCAGCAAUUAAUGCCACCUCAAAUACUAUUCCCACAAGACAGUCAAGUUUUGAACCAGGACUUGUUAUUUCUCCAAGACCAAAGGAGAAACUGCCAAAUCAAUCUGUGCCUUUCACUGAUGGGGAAUUAGAUGAUUUUUCAUUGGCGGAGGCCUUGCUUUUAGAAGAAGCUGCCCAGGAAGAAGAAAAAAUGGAGACUAAAGAAUUGCAGCCAUUAACUUUGAACAGAAUCACAGAUGAAAAUGUAGUGAGAUCUUCACAUAAACCUAAUAGUCCGAAUAAUUUUUUUCUGAUUUGCAAAAAUGGAAACAAUAAUUGUGGUGAAAAAAAUUUAUCUGAACAAAUGACUAAUGAAGACAAAUCUUUUAGUUGUUUAAUUCCUACAGACUAUAACAGUAGUGCUUUUUCAGUUCAUAAUAAUACACCCCUAUACCAUGGUUUUACAAAUAAAGAAAAGAACUCACAGACAGAUAAUAAAGUAAAACAAAGUAUGAGCAGUUCAGAUAUACGGUCCUUAAAUAAUAGACUUUUAAAUGAUGAAAUGGUUAGUUAUGUAUCAAAAAGGAAUUCACAAAUUUCUAAUGAAAAUGAUCACUAUUUUCAGAAUUGUUCUUUAAGAUCUUCAGAGGACAGCACUAAUUCUUCCAUCACCAUGGAUUUAUAUUCUCCCCCCUUUAUCUAUUUGUCUGUUCUAAUGGCCAGCAAACCAAAGGAAGUUAUAACAGUAAAAGUCAAAGCCUUUAUUGUAACCUUAACUGGAAAUCUCUCAAGUUCUGGUGGCAUUUGGAGUAUAGCAGCAAAGAUUUCUGAUGGUACUGCAUAUCUAGAUGUAGACUUUGUAGAUGAAAUACUUACUAGUUUGAUAGGGUUUUCAGUAGCAGAGAUGAAAAAGUUAAAAAAAGAUCCUCUUCAGUACCAAAAGUUCCAGGAAGGUUUGCAGAAAUGUCAGAGAGAUCUAAUAGAUUUGUGCUGUCUAAUGACUAUUUCAUUUAAUCCCUGCUUGUCUAAAGCAACAGUACUGGCAUUAGAAGAUGUUCAUGUGGAACACCUUGAGAACCUAAAGAAACGAUUGAAUAAAUAAUCUACUAAAGUAGUAUUAGCA